CGAGUGCGGGUGGCACCGCAGGCCUCGUGCUGCGCUGACAAGGUGCACUGUUGUCCCCACGCCACCGUGUGYGACCUGAGCCGCGGGCGCUGCGUGUCCCCCGCCGGUGACAAUGACACCCCCCUGAGCUCGGCCUUCCCCGCCUGGAAGCGCCAGCCCCCUGUCCCAGUGGCACCGCGCCAGGUGCUGUGUCCUGACGGCCGCUCGGCGUGUCCCGACGGGGCCACCUGCUGCCAGCUGUCCCCAACGCAGUAUGGCUGCUGUCCCCUGCAGAACGCUGUGUGCUGCGGUGACGGGCAGCACUGCUGUCCCCAGGGCACCACCUGUGACCUGACCCAUGCCACCUGCACCUCGCUGGGGCGCUCUGCCCCGCUGGCCGCGCUGCCCCAAGCUGGGGAGGUCAAGUGUGACGAGGAGACGAGCUGUCCCGACGGGAACACGUGCUGCCGCCUCAGCUCGGGGGCCUGGGGCUGCUGUCCCCUGGAGCAGGCCGUCUGCUGCCCCGACCACGUGCACUGCUGCCCCCAGGGCUACACCUGCGACCCCGAGGGGGGCAGCUGCCUGCAGGGGGGGGGCGCCCGCCGGCCCUGGGUGCGCAAGAGCCCGGCGCUGCCGCGGGGGACACAGGGGACAGCGGGCAGCGUCCAGUGUGACGAGGAGACGAGCUGUCCCGACGGGAGCACGUGCUGCCGCCUCAGCCUGGGCACCUGGGGCUGCUGUCCCCUGGAGCAGGCCGUGUGCUGCGGUGACCACCAGCACUGCUGUCCCCGGGGCUACACCUGCAACGUGGCCACUGCGAGCUGCGAGAAGCUGCUGGCGCCCACCCCACUGCUGCCACUGCGCUGGGACCUGCCCUGAUGUCACCAGGGUCACCGCCAGCACCACACCCACCCCCCAGUGCUGCCACUCCAAUAAACGGUUUCUAGGAGAAGCUGUUGGCGCAGGGGAAACUGAGGC